AACACUGCUGUCUUGGGAAUUAUGAUGUGUAGAAGAAUGGUAAAAGUUAAUUCCUACUGACAAGAAAUAGCCUCAUCGAUUAUAAUCAGAAUGGGCUCACUAAAGAGAUGUCAUUUGAUUUCCAACAUCUUGACACAACAGAGAAGAUCACUGAGUGCUUUCUUGUCGGCAAAACUUCAGGAAGUUCCCGAGAAGUCAUUAGACAUCACAGUGGAGGAAUACAAAAGCAGGCGUAGGAACCUGAUACAGCUGUGUGUGGAUAGUGAACACAUGAAGAGUAACCGUAGUCACCUUGUCUGUGUUCCUGCUGCUCCGCGGGCAUUCUACAGUGACAGGAUCAUGUAUCCAUUCAGACAAAAUACAGAAUUCAACUAUCUCUGUGGCUACUUAGAGGCCAACUGUGUUUUAUUUAUGUUCACGGAGCAGGGAAAAGGGGUAGAGGAUUUUAAGUCUAUACUGUUUGUUCCUCAGCGUUUCCAGUUUGAUGAGAUCUGGGAUGGAAGAUUUGAAGGCUUUGACUCUAUUGUGGAGUCUACCGGAGUGAAUGAAGCUAGGUUCACUAAAGACAUUGCCAGCUUCUUAUCCACUUAUGUAAAAGAUAACAGUAAAUUCACUCUGUGGUACAAUUAUCAAAAGACUGCUAAUCCAGACAUCCACAGAACUGUCAUGGCAGAUUUUAUACGACAGGGGAAGUAUAAAAAGCUAGAAAAUUACGACUACUGCGUUCAGUCGCUCCGAGUUGUCAAAUCAGAGGCGGAGAUUGCACUCAUGAAGAGGAGUAUGGAAAUUACUGAAGCAGCAUUUAAAUCUGUGCAUCAUAUGAUUGAUGAAUGGAAAUCAAGGAGUCAGAAGAAAGAAAAUCUUUUAGAAUAUGAAAUUCAGGCAGUGAUGGAGUAUACCUGUCAGUUAAAUGGAGGUCGACUAGCAUACAUCCCUGUCGUCGCAGGAGGAAAUAGAGGAAACACAAUUCACUACGUUCAGAACAACAAUAAACUUCACCCUGAGGAGUUACUGCUGAUUGAUGCUGGCUGUGAAUACAAAGGGUACACCACAGACAUCACUAGAGUCCUCAACAUUUCAGACUUAACUUUUGAACAAGAAACCAUCAUAGGGCUUGUGCAGUUGAUACAGGACACCUGCAUCAAGAUGUGUACACCUGAAUACAGCAUUAACGACAUCUACAGGAAAAUGAUGAAAAUUAUCGGUGAAUAUGUUCAAGUGCUGGGACUGAUGAACUUGGGAGUGAAGGGAAAACCAUUUCUAGAGGGAGCACAUAAGUUCUGCCCACACCAAGUUGGCCACUAUUUAGGAAUGGAUCUGCAUGAUACACCACUAAUAUCUAAGGACAUGAAAUUACAGGCAGGCACUGUUCUAACUAUAGAACCAGGUUUAUAUUUACGGCCAGAGUAUGUACCAGACAAGUUGUCACAGUUACGUGGAAUAGCUGUGAGAUUAGAAGAAAAUAUUUUAGUGACAAAAGACGGACCAGUCAAUUUAUCCCAGAAUGUGUCUCCUCGUGAUCGCGCCCCUCUGGCUCGUGAUAUGGACAACAAUGAUUGUAGUAAAAUCAUUGAACAGUUACCACAAAAUAUGUUAUAUCAGGCAGUUAUACCUUAUCUUUGGAAUUAUGUACAAAAUUAAAUACUGAAAU